UUACGCUGAGCGUUGGUUAUACGGUCAGAGCAGCGCGGAGGCUCCACGCGAGCCGCGGACUCACUGAGGGAGCGCUGGGAGUCAGUGGGCGGCGGCGGCCAUGGAGGACAGCGGCGGUGAGAGCAGCGGCGGUGAGGGCACCGAACAGCUCCUCGACACCAUCGUCAAACACCUUUACCAGUUCGGAGAAGCAGCAAUUGAUGAAAUAAACAGAAGGAAACAAAGAAGAUCAAACCAGAGAAGGUUGAAGAAAAAAUAGUUUGUUCAGAUGUUGCUGACCAAGAUAAUCAGAUGGUCCCUUGCACCAGCAUUUUCUCAAGGACAAAUAGUAUGCUCACAAUGAAAGCCCUAAAACCCAUCCGUGGCGCUGCAAAAUGCCUUGCAGAGAUGCAAGCUGAACUUCUCAAUCCUGCCUGGGAUUGUGCAAUGCCUACAGAGACGAAGAACAUAAGCACUGAUAAUGGCAAUCUUACUGUAAAUAAGAAGAGGCAAGUCGAAGUAGUAACGUUUACAGAUCCUUCCAACAAGAGGAAGAAACUUCCACCAGUUACUGAAGAGGAUCAAAAAAUGGAACAAACUAAUCUGCAGAAUGAUAAGGAACAAAAAAUAUUUAAUUUGGAGAAGACUCGUCUGGAAGUGCACAGGUUUGGUAUCACAGGCUACAAAAAGGAAGAGCAAAGAGUGUUUGAAAAGGAACGAGCUAUUAUGCUUGGUGCUAAGCCCCCAAAACGUGAAUACGUGAAUUACAAGGAUUACCAAGAAUUCAUCAAAAAGAAGGCAAUUGCAGAACAAGAAAUGAAAAUGAACCCAAAUUUGCCACAAUCGAAGAAAAAGAAAAAAACAGAAAGGAGGACCAAAAGGAAGACUGACGUAGUACCAACUGGUCAAGUUGGAAGAUUUAAAAAUGGGGCACUGGUUCUUAGUGAUCGUGAUAUUAAGAGAAUCAAAGCAAGCUCAAGAUAGAAUUAGACUUGUACAUAUUUUUCAAGACAUUUUCCAUUUCAAUGAAUGAAACAUCGAGACAUCUGCUACUUCUUUAAAUGAGUUUUAUCCCAAAAAGUUGUAUUAACUGUUAUUGCAGCUAAUUAAUAUUAUUGAAGAGGUGCCUCUACCUGAUUUGUAGUAAUUAAAUACCAUUGAUGUUACUGUUUUAGUUUGUGUUUUAACUUCAGUGCUUCUACAGUAAAUGUUGUCAAACUUCCCUGAGUUUACAGAUGACAGUGUAUUUAAACAAGCACUUCAGAGUAGUGACAUCAAAAUCCCAAAAGAAAUGUACAGGGUACAGAGAUAAAACUUUGAAUUCCUGGUUUGUUUACGUGAGCUAUGAAUUCACAUUUGUUGACUAUAUGCAGAACGUGCUGCCUAAAUAUGGGAAUAAGCUGCCAUUUAAUACAGUCCAGAGAAUAAACAUAUCCAACUCUA